UUCUUUCUAUCGUCAAUCCCGUCACCCAUCAACAGCGGACCUCAGUCGACAACAAUGGUGGUAAGCAUUUAACAUCCAGUUCAUAUUGCCUCUUUUUAGAAGAGUCUUCGAUUUCCUCUGCGACAUGCCGUGAGACAAUUCGUCCGCUUCAUUCGCAAGUUUCGAAGCAUAUUCCACUGCACGCACAAAUCCUUCUGGGAUGCGUGCGACAGUGAUGAUUUGGCUGGAGCUACAGUUGUAGUCGAAAGACUCGACUGUACGCUCUUUUAGAGUUUCCAAGAAGAUGCAGCACAUGGUGGACGUAAUGCUGAUCUUCUUGUCUCAAUGACAGCCCCCCAAGUCCGGAAAGAAGACCGCCGCCAUGCCCUACCCCCAGGGCAAGGCUGGUGCUGGUAAGAAGGGUCCCAAGAACCCUCUCAUCGAGAAGCGCUCCCGCAACUUCGGUAUCGGCCAGGACAUCCAGCCCAAGCGUGACCUCUCCCGCUUCGUCAAGUGGCCCGAGUACGUCCGUCUUCAGCGCCAGAAGAAGAUCUUGAACCUCCGUCUCAAGGUCCCCCCUUCCAUCGCCCAGUUCCAGAACACCCUGGACCGCAACACCGCUGCCCAGACCUUCAAGCUCCUCAACAAGUACCGCCCUGAGACCAAGGCCGAGAAGAAGGAGCGUCUCCACGCCGAGGCCACCGCCGUCUCCGAGGGUAAGAAGAAGGAGGACGUCAGCAAGAAGCCCUACCACGUCAAGUACGGUCUCAACCACGUUGUCGGUCUCGUUGAGAACAAGAAGGCUUCUCUUGUCCUCAUCGCCCAUGACGUUGACCCCGUUGAGCUGGUUGUCUUCCUUCCCGCUCUCUGCCGCAAGAUGGGUAUCCCCUACGCCAUUGUGAAGGGCAAGGCUCGUCUCGGUACCGUUGUCCACAAGAAGACCUCCGCUGUUCUCGCUCUCACUGAGGUCCGCUCUGAGGACAAGGCUGAGUUCACCAAGCUCCUCUCUGCCAUCAAGGAGGGUUACACCGACAAGUACGAGGAGACCCGCCGCCACUGGGGUGGUGGUAUCAUGGGCGCCAAGGCCAACGCCCGCCAGGAGAAGAAGCGCAAGGCUGUUGAGGCCUCCAUCAAGGUCUAAGCUAGUCUAGCUUAGAUUCUUAAUGGACGGGG